UAUUUUAUUUUGUUCAUUGUGGUUUGUGUUAUUAUUGUGGAUAAGAGAACUCAAGAGUAUGGCAGCAGUGUGGUGUGCAUCUCAACCCAGUCGAUAGGGGCGCCUCUCGUCGCUCCACGCCUUUCCAUCUCUUCUCCGCCUCAGACAGUUGAAACUUGAAAAUAUGGAGAGAAACUAGGCAAUGAAGUGCAUGGUAGAUUGCAAAAUAGAGCAUACUCCCUUAGAUGCUUCAGCUAAGGAUCUUGGUAAACAAAGCAUGAAGCAAGAACGAUUAUAUGUUGACUUAUCAACCAAGGAAUACCACAAAUGGGGCACAACUAGAAAAGCAAUUUCUAGUUCUUACUCUAGAAAGCAUGAAAUCUGCACUACAUGCUUGAAAGGAAACCGAUGCCAAACAGUUCUUACAAGAACAAAGAAAAUGGGUAGUUUGAUUGAUGAAAAGAAACCUCAUGAAGCAUCGUCGUUGUUUAAUAGUUUGAUUGACGAGGGUCAUAAGCCUUCUGUGGUGACAUAUACAACUCUAUUAACUGCUUUGACAGUACAGAAGCAAUUUAAAUUCAUUCCUUCACUACUAUCCCAGUUUGAGAACAGUGGACUGAAACCUGACUCAGUUUUCUUCAAUGCCAUAAUUAAUGCAUUUUCGGAAGCUGAAAAGAUUGAUGAAGCUAUCAAGAUCUUCUGGAAGAUGAAGCAAAGUGGGUGCAAACCAACAACAAGCACUUUCAAUACUCUUAUAAAAGGAUAUGGCAUCAUUGGCAAACCUGAAGAAUCAAAUCUGCUUUUGGAUAUGAUGUCUCAAGAGGAGAAUACGAGGCCUAAUCAGCAAACAUACAAUAUACUCAUUAAAGCAUGGUGCGAAAAGAAAAAUCUAAUUGAAGCUUGGAAUGUAUAUCAUAAGAUGUGUGAGUCUGGCAUUCAGCCUGACGUUGUCACAUAUAAUACUAUUGCAAGGGCUUAUACUAAAAAUGGUGAAACAAGGAGAGCUGAAGUGCUAAUAUUAGAAAUGCAGACAAGAUUAUGUCCAAAUGAACGUACUUGGGCCAUUAUUGUCUGUGGAUAUUGUAAAGAAGGCAACAUGAAAGAUGCAUUGAGAUGUGUAAAUGAAAUGAAGGCGUUUGGUAUUCGUCCAAAUAUUGUAGUCUUCAACAGUUUAGUCAAAGGAUUCCUAGAUCUCCAAGAUAUAGCUGGAGUUGAUGAAGUAUUAGCAAUAAUGGAAGAAAUCGCGGUCAAGCCAGAUAUUGUCACAUUCAGCCACCAGCUGAAUGCAUUGUGCGCAAUGGGACUGAUGACUAGAUGCAUGGAGCUUCUAAGUAAGAUGGUGGAAGCAGGUAUUAAUCCAGAUGCACAAGUAUAUAGCAUCCUCGCCAAAGGUUAUGUCCGAGCAAGAGAACCUGCUAAAGCUGAGGCCCUUCUUGUGGCUAUGAAUGAACUUGGCAUAAAGGCCAAUGUUGUGACCUUCACAACAAUCAUCAGUGGCUGGUGUAGUGCAGCAGAUAUGGAAAAUGCAAUGAGGGUCUUCUCGAUGAUGUGUGAGUCCGGUGUUUCACCCAACAUAAAGACUUUUGAAACACUUAUAUGGGGAUAUGGUGAAGCAAAACAGCCAUGGAAGGCUGAAGAACUUCUUGAUACCAUGAGGAAAUCUGGAGUGAGCCCUAAGAAAAACUGUAUUUGCCUUGUUGCUGAAGCUUGGAAAGCUGUCGGGUUGCAGAAUGAGGCUAGCAGAGUGCUUGGUUCUCUGAAUGACUCUAAUGCACGUCAUAAGGAAAGUGAUUUAUCUCUUCAUUUGUGGAAUAAGGAGCAACUGAACCAAGGACAGGUUUAUUGUUUUGCAAACUCUAACUCUACACAAAUAGCCAAUCCACUCACUGAUGGUGGACAGAGAUUCAAGACCAAUGGAAUUGGAAGGGCCUCACAGUAUGCUGAGGUUAGUUCUGAGACCUUUCAAAUUUUCACAAAAUCAGCAUUAAUCAGCCCUGCCUUCAGAUUUGGAGUUAGGAACCCAAUCAAAUGCCAGAAACAGCCUGGGAUGUACAGCCAAACUACGAAUUGCAAAGCUAUGUUCCUAUAGUACAGAAAGCUGAUUAUUUGAUCGAUAAAUUGAAGGAUCCAGUUUACUAGAUGUUGUUUAUAACAAAAAUCUAGAAGAGAGGUCCAUCUGUUAAUUAUAUUGCAUGAUUCUGCAAAUUUCUUCUUACUGGCAUUUUUAUUUAGAUGUCA